CCAAAAAAGUGUUGAUCCGAAGUUGAUUUGCUUUUACUUCAAUUCAACUGAGUAUAUUAAGUUCUCAAACUCGUGCUUAUUAGAGUAAAUGUAAAACUAAAUUCGGAACUUGUUGCAAACGAUAUGUAAAUAGUAUACUUGAAAGUAAACUCAUUUGCCAGGUCUGCACAGGACGAAAUAUUGUUUCAAACAACUCUAUUAAAGAAAGUGGACGAUUUUUAAUUCAUCAAUGAAAACUGGUAAAGCAAGCGUCGUCAGUCAUACAAUAAUUUAUUUAUUGAAUAUGCUCUUUUAAAGUCUUACAAUAAAUAAUUAUUGGGUAGUCGAAAAAGUAGUUUCGUAUUUUAUCAAUGGAUGUCGUUGCAGUGGUACAGUGAUGGAGUCUUUUUGAUAAUGCGUUGCCCUUUAGAAUACUAAUAGUACUCUUAUUUUGAAGUGGGUUUGAUUACUGGAUUGUAGCAAGACAUUCGAUUGUACCAUGAUGAACGCGUUACGACUCUAAUGCCUGGGCCCGAAUCGCGGCAGUCGUGAGCGAGCAAGUAAUCGUAUCGAAUGAAAUUUCGUAACGUGUCGAGUGUGCGGAUCGUCGCACUCGAUACGAAACGAAUAGAAAUUUUAUGAAAUAACUUCCCUGGUGUAGCUCUAAAUGACUUUUUCGAAUAACGAAACAAAACAAAAGAAAGAAAUAUUUGAAUUGGAAUUGAAUGUAAAUAUUCAAAAUUAUUAUACGUUUAUACAUACAUAUAUAAAUUUACUAAAUUUAGUUUUUGCAGGCAAAAAAAAUGAACCCUAACGUGUUUUUUUAUUCAAGUUCUUCUGAAUCAGACGAAGAACAUCAGCAAAUGGCCAUAAGGUCCAGGAUCCGUGAUAAAAGUAAUCCCCUGGCUUUACCUGAAGCAGCAUUCAGGAAGCGGUUUAGACUGACCAAAGACGCAUUUACAUUCAUCUUAUCGGAAAUAGAAUUUAACGGACAUUUGUCAACCGCAGUACCACCAAUUCUUCAAUUAGCAGCGACUUUGUCCCUUUUGGCGAGUGGAGGCUAUCAACACUCAGUUGGAAACGACUUUUUAAUUGGAAUGUGUCAAAGCACAGUGUGUAAAAUUGUAGGGGACGUAGUUAAUGAAAUGGAGACAAAACUUUGUCCACAUUUCAUUAAGUUUUCGCCAAACCGUUUAUCUAAGUGCACAGAAUACUUUGUUGAGAAAUAUAAAGUUCCAGGAGUUAUCGGAUGUAUUGACGGUACACAUUUUGGCCUUCAAAAACCAACUGUGAAUGAACAUAUGUUUUUCAACAGAAAAGGAUACCACAGUCUUAAUUCAAUGAUAAUUUGUGAUUACGAACAUCGAAUUUUAGCUAUUGAUUCAAAAUAUGGUGGAGCCGCUCACGAUUCCUUUGUAUGGAAGCAUUCUGCGCAGAGGAGAUUUUUGGAGGAAGCAUAUAAUCAAAACAAUAUGAGAAAUGUCUGGCUUUUGGGAGAUUCUGGAUAUCCUUUGGAACCAUGGUGUUUGACACCAUUUAGAAACCCCGAAGUUGGCUCGUGCCAAGCACGGUUUAAUGAAAUCCAUGCAAAAGCACGCUGUAUUGUUGAACGAACCAUUGGUAUACUGAAAGGCCGGUGGAAAAUUCUUACCAAUGAUAAAAGAAGUCGGUAUAGUCCUGAAAAGAUGGCAAAGUUCGGCAAUGUAUGUGCAGCGUUGCAUAACAUUUGCAUACAAUAUAAAAAUUCAACAUAUUGCAGAUAUUUUGUAAACGAAAAUAAUGAUACAGAAAUAGAUAUCGGAAAUGAGACUCAAUUAACCAAAAUUGGUCAUAAAAUUAGGGAUCACAUUAUGUUGUCUUUAGAUAAUAAUUGAAUUAAACGUUCCAAC